AUGGCCGGCGCCCAAGAAGCUCGCGACGGCAACGGCAGCAGGGGCGGCGGCCCUGGUCCUCAGCGGCGCGCGCGGCGCGUGCUGGUGUUCCCGCUGCCGUUCCAGGGCCACAUCGACCCGAUGCUGCACCUGGCCGGGGUGCUCCACGCGCGGGGCCUCGCGGUGACCGUGCUCCACACGCGCUGGACCCGGCGCGGCACCCGGAGUUCCGGUUCGUGGCCGUCCCCGACGGCACGCCCGCCGACGUCGCCGCCACGGGGAGGAUCAUCGACAUCAUCCUCGCCAUGA